AACUUUAAAUUUUUGUUUUGUAGGUAUUUGCCGGGGCACACUUUUUUUUUUCUCGAUGCCAACUGCUUAGAUGCCUCCGGGCAGACCAGUAGUAGUAAUUCUCGCUCUGAGACAGCGACAGAAAACUAUCUCACACUAAAUUUUUUCGCAGAGGUUUCAAACCCAACCACAUGGAGUCCACUUUGAGUAUCAACUACUACUACUUCCCUGCCGUUUAUUGAACGACGAGUGAUGAAGUAAGUACUGGAGCAUUUUGAGGCCAAGUCAAAAUUGUCAAGAGAAACUGGUGGUGCAAAAUACUUGUUCUAGUUGUUUCUGUCAGUAAAAAGAACAAGUACAACAAAGUACUACUCUUUCUUCAUAGUCAGUAGCACACGGCCGGCCGCGACAUCAUUUUUGAUUCCGUGUGCAGGACGAGAAAAACAUAAAUUCAUCCGAUAUUUACCUCAGGGGAACACAUUCUCAUCACAUCCUCUUGCUCAUGCGUGCCUCCUCGAGCAGCACUGGCUCUGCCUCCGGUGGCUUCCUGCAGCAAAGUAGAAAUGCAAAUAACGAGCCCAGCAGCCCCUCGUCUACAACUACGCACCCACGGAGCGGAAAGUACUCUGCCGCAAACGUGCCGCCCGCACCGGCUGCCGUGGUGAACAGAAGCACUCCGAAUGCCGGCGCGUCGAACUCCCGUAGCGCGCCAGGUGCUGGUAUUAAUUCCAAUUCCAGCAGUGCCGACCUGGACAAGGUGCAGUUUGCCAAGCAGCUGGCGAGAACAGAGGUUUGCGUGGUUUGCCAGGAAAAGGACCCGACGAUGGCGGUGCUGUGUUGCGGGUCCGCCUAUCACUUUGACUGCUUGUGCGGCUGGCUAUGAAAUGCAAACAUGUCUGGUUCUGGAAGGUGGUAACUUGUGAUGGUAAAUCUGAAGCAUACAAAAAUCUGCGUUGCAUGAGUGCCAAAAGCUGUCCACUUAAGACCAAGUUGGGAGGGAGGUUCUCAUGCAGGAUAGGCAUGGCAGAGACCUCGCAGAGUCUGUCGUGCUAAGUCCCGCACUCCAGACCUCAUGGGUCAUGGAAAAUCUGCAUGACAAGUUUACACUCUUCCAGACCUAGACAUUUUUGCACUUGAUACUGGCUCCGGCUGCACAACACCUGUCCGCAGUGCAGGAAGGAAAUCCCCAACACGUUGACCUAUAUCAAAUGCAAAUAUGUCUGGGUCUGGAAACUUGUGAUGCUGAGUGGCGUAUCAGGAGGAGGCCACAAGUGCUGGCGCAGCAUGACAAGUUUCUGAGCUUCUAGGUGUUGCCUAUUCUGCAUGACCAACUGCGUUUCUGCAUGACAGAAGAAUGAGGCUCUUGGGUAACGUGUAUGACAGAUUUAAGAGCCAUCCCAGACAAGCAUGACAAACUUGCAUUCUUCCAGACCCAGCCAUAUUUGCAAUGCAUAACCUACCACGAGAUGCAAUUAUUGCACUCGAGUCCGGAGGAAACGCGGGAAGGUGCCGAGGAAAUGGACAACAUGCGGCGGCGGGCGCGGCAACCGCGAAUCGUGAUUCAGGACGGCUUAUGCAUUGCAAAAGUAUCGUACGUAGUAUAAAUUGCAUGACAAAUUUUGGCAAGAAGGAAACUGGAAUUUGUAAUGCUGUUUUGCCUUGGGAAAAACAUUUGUCAUGCAUAUUUGCAAUUAGUACGAGUACGACACUUUUGCACAGGAUACGGCUUUUCAGGCGGACCACUACCGGGGAUGAUGUUGGGCGGGGGAGGGAUGAUGCACCACCACCCCAUGAUGAUGCGCGGUUCAUCGAGCAGUGGAGGUGGUCCACCCCGGCAAGACCAGCAGCACCCCGCGAGCUUGAUUGAGCAGCUGUUCUUCGGAAGUAUGCCGCCAGGCUUUUUCGGCACGGGGGGCGAUCCCUUCAUGCAUGGUUCAACAUCCACGACCUCCGGAACAAACGUCGGGGGAGGUCGUGGAAGUGAAGGAGGCAACAGUGGGGGGCAAGCGUUUGUCAUCAUAACUUCUAGCGGUGUGGACGAUGAGGACGGGGGUCCCAGUCCGUCUGGUACAACUCGGCAGAAUAGGGCGUCAAAUAACCAACGGCCGCACAACAGUCCACCCAGAACCGGAGGGCAGAGGAGGAGAUCGUAGAAGCCUCGUAGAAAUGUAGAAUCAGAAUCUGGGGUUUGUACUUUAAUAUUCCUUUCUCUCACAAAGCAACGGAGUUACCGCAAAAGUAGAUCACCGUUGAACUUACGUAGUUUUGUGGCACAGCAUGUAGAAUCAUCAUUCCCAUUCAGCCACAUGAUCAAUUUUCAUCAUUUUGCUUUCCGUUUCGAGGAUUAUCUUGCUCCCCUCCAUGUGCUUUCUGCGGAUUUCCUGUAUUCGAAGGAUGAGAAACUUCUACUUCUUUAUUACAGCGUUGUGUCCCAGCGUUGACAUCUUUGCCAAAAAUUCCUAUAUAUCAUGUGAGUGUCCGGAGAGUGAGAUGAAAUGUCAACAUAACGUUAGAAACUACAAAGGCGGCUUUUGUUUUCGUGUUGAU